AAACCGCUAAACAUAAUGUACAUUGCAAAUCAGACUCUUAUUACUCGCUCUGUAAGUUGUACCUGCGUCCAUUCUACAGUUACCAAGUUUUUGAAAUUAAAAAUUAAAAUGGAGAAUUCUAAAGAAGAGAAAAUUGCUUCAACUGUUGUUUCAGAAGAGCCAUUGAUUAGUACUUUAGAUAUUGGUCUUUUAGUGGUUAUUGUAACAGUUGCAUAUUUUUGGUACAUAAAAAGAGAUAAACAGUCAAGUUCUUCAGAAAAAAAACCCUAUACUAUUCAGCCAUCUUCGUUGAGUUCUAUUGAGCAGACCUCCAAUAGUUCUUUUAUAAAAAAACUAAAAUCAACCGGUCGUAGUUUAGUAGUAUUUUAUGGAAGUCAAACUGGGACUGCAGAAGAAUUUGCUGGAAGAAUAGCCAAAGAAGGGGCCAGAUAUAAAAUGAAAGGAAUGGUAGCCGAUCCUGAAGAAUGUGAUAUGGCAGACCUGGUGGAAAUGAAAGAAAUAAAAAAGUCAUUGGCAAUUUUUUGUAUAGCAACUUAUGGUGAGGGAGACCCGACUGAUAAUGCAAUGGAUUUCUACGAAUGGCUUCAAAAUGGUGAUGCCGACCUAGAAGGAUUGAAUUAUGCAGUAUUUGGAUUGGGAAAUAAGACUUAUGAGCACUAUAACGAAAUUGCUAUUUACAUUGAUCAACGUUUGGAAGAAUUGGGUGCUACUAGAGUUCAUGAAAUUGGUCUAGGAGAUGAUGACGCCAAUAUUGAAGAUGACUUUGUUUCUUGGAAAGAAAAAUUAUGGGAUAGUGUUUGCUCCCAUUAUGGUAUUGAAGAAACUGGUGAAGAAAGUAAUAUUAGACAAUACAAAUUAGUAGACUGUUCUGAAGUUUUACCAGAGCGAAUAUUUUCGGGUGAAAUAUCACGACUUAAAUCUUAUGAAAACCAAAGAUUCCCAUUUGAUGUUAAGAACCCAUAUUUAUCCAAAAUAUCAGUUAAUCGUGAGCUCCACAAGUCAGGUGAUCGCUCUUGUAUGCAUAUUGAGUUUGAUAUUGAUGGAUCAAAAAUGAGGUAUGACACAGGAGAUCAUGUGGCCGUCUAUCCCAAAAAUUCUUCUGAAUUAGUAGACAAAAUUGGAGAAUUGUUAAAUGCAGAUCUAGAUAUUGUAUUUUCAUUGUUGAACACUGAUGAGGAAUCCAGUAAAAAACAUCCAUUUCCUUGUCCUUGUACUUAUCGAACAGCCUUAACUUAUUAUUUGGAUAUAACUUCAAAUCCACGCACACAUAUUAUGAAAGAAUUAAUAGAAUAUGCAAGUGAUCCAAAGGAUCAAGAAAAAUUAAAGCUUAUGGCAAGCUCAACCCCAGAGGGCAAAAAAGAAUUUCAUGAAUGGAUUUUGCGUGAUAACCGUAAUAUUGUUCAUAUUUUGGAAGAUUUACCGAGUGUCAAACCUAAUUUGGACCAUUUAUGUGAACUACUUCCACGAUUGCAGUGUCGUUAUUAUUCAAUAUCCUCGUCACCAAAAGUGUACCCAAAAUCUAUUCAUAUUACAGCAGUUCUAGUAGACUACACUACUCCUACUAAUCGUGUCAAUAAAGGUGUUGCUACUAACUUAUUAGCCCAACUGAAACCAACCAAUGACGAACUUCCACAACCUACUAUACCUAUUUAUAUUAGACGAUCUCAAUUCAGAUUGCCCCCUAAGAGUCAAACUCCAAUUAUAAUGAUUGGUCCCGGUACUGGAUUAGCACCAUUCCGAGGUUUUAUACAAGAAAGAGAUUAUGCACGUAAAGAAGGCAGAGAAAUAGGAGAAAUGGUUCUGUACUUUGGAUGUCGAAAGAAGGAUGAAGACUUCAUUUAUGAAAAUGAAUUACAAGAAUAUGUUGCUAAUGGAACCUUAACAAAGCUACAUUUGGCAUUUUCGCGUGACCAACCUGAAAAGCAGUAUGUGACACAUUUGUUAGAACAAAAUGCUGAUGAACUGUGGAAUAUAAUUGGUGAAAAAAGUGGUCAUUUAUAUGUUUGUGGUGAUGCAAGGAGCAUGGCAAAGGAUGUGCAUAAUAUUAUUGAAAAAGUUGUCAUGGAAAAAGGUCAAAUGACCAAUAGUCAAGCACUCAAUUACGUUAAAAAAAUGGAACAACAGAAAAGAUAUUCUGCUGAUGUGUGGAGCUGAUUUGUGACACUGUUACAAACUUUGUUUUUUAUAAAUGUACAAUGUUGAACAAUUUUUUUAAGAAACAUUUAAAGAAUAAUACAUUUAAAAAAAAAUAAUAACAACACAAAUGAAAGAGAUGUUGGCUUCUUAUCUGUUUUAGUUAUUAAUUAUUUUAUAUUGUUGUGAAAAAUGUAUAAAAAAAAUAUUACAAUAUUUCCGUUAUAAAGCAAUUUUAAAUUAUAUAUGAAAUGUUUUACUGUUGGAAAUUUUAUAACUUCUAUUAAAACUAUUAGAUAUAUUAUUAUAAAUAUUUUUAUUAAAUCAACAAAUUAGUGGUAUUUUUUCCUUAUAAAUAGUAUGCUCAAUAACACCAUUCAAAAGUAUAAUCAAAACUAAAGUAAAUUGCUUAUAUAUAUUUAUUUUUGGUUUCCAAUAAUUAUAAUUAUAUAUUAUAUUAGUAUACUUCUCUUUUUUACUCAUAAAAUCCAGGAAAAUAUUACUAAAUCAAAAUACAAUAUUUUUGGUAUCUUUAACUAUAAAUGUAUUCAUUAUUUUUAUUAUUUUUAUUGAAGUAAUUUGAAAUAAAAACAAGUUCGACAUAUAUCAAUAUUAUAUAAUGGUAUAUAAUGUGAAUUAAAAUAAUAUUAAAAAUGUGUUAGAUUUUAGUUACACAGUUGACUCUUGAUAAUUUAAAACUUUCUGUAAUUGAAAGUAAUUGCUUGUUCCCUUAAAAAUGUCGCAGUAAUUCAAAUAAAAACAAUUCAUUUAAUUACAGUAGAAAAUUAGUAGUACAAUUUUGGGGAAAACUAACCUACAACACUUGACAAUUCAAAGUUCAACGCUAAACAAUUGAAAGUAUAUUCACCAAAAUAUUUUUCUUAUAAUCUUACCAUUAAUAAUUUAUCUAAUAAUAAUACCUUAAAAUUGUGUAUACGUUUAGCUUAUUAUUUCUGAUAAUUAUUAAAUUAUUACCAUAGGUACAAAUUUUAGAACUCAGUAAUUCGAAUUGUGUUUUUGCCCUCUUGAUAUUUAAAACCGCUUAGUAAAGUGUUAAUUUUAAUCAUGGUAAUUCAAUAUUUUUCAUGAGUUCUAUCAACUUUGAAUUAUUGAAAGUCGACUGUAAUAUGUAGAAUAUAUUCUAUGUCAGUGAUCACCAAUUAAUAUUUUUGAAGGGCCACAUUUCGAAUCUGCAAACCUAACAUAUAAUACUAUCAUACUAUCGGUUUUUAAUUUAUUUUCUUGUCUGCGAGUUGUAAUAAAUUUGUCCGCAGGCCACCAUUUGCUGACCCUUGUUCUAUACUAUUAAAAGAAAUGUAAAGUAUUUUGCUUUAGUGAAAGUGACAUUCCUGAACUCCGUAUUUUGUAAUGUAUUGUUUAAAAAUACUUAAAAAUUGUUCAUAUUAUAACUAAACUAUUUAUUUUUUUUAUCGUAUGCAAAUGCUCUGAUAAAACUAAAAACGAGUGAGACAUUUUCUGAAUAAUUAUAAUUUUUAUAAGCAAUUAGGUAUUUUGUUGGCAUAAUAUUAUAAAAUGAUUGCUAUUUUCAAACAAAUGUUGUAAUAAUUUAAGAGAAACUUAUUUUAAUACCUACCUAUUGUUUAAUAAAAUACUGUAUUAUGUUCGGUUAUUUAUUUUUAACCAUUUUCAUAGUGAAAACAUUCAUUGUGUACUUAACGUGGCGUGUAUUAAUGUAUUAUAUUUUUUCAUUUGGGUCCCUAUACAAAAUAUUAGGUUUUUUAGUCGACUUAACUUUAGAUUAUCCUAGUAAUUGUAAUGAAAACAUUUUCCAAAAGUCUUCCACAGCUAAAUUGCUAGUUACCACAAAUAUAAGCCAAUGUUUAAUUGCUUGUAUUUUUUUUGUAGUGGGAUUAAUAUAAUUACAUUGAUGUUGUAGGCACUAUGAUGAUUGAUAAAUUACUCAACUUGUUUAAGUUGAUUUGAUUUUAAAUACGUACUUUAAUUAUGUGAUGGUGAAAAAAAUUUUAAUGGUUCAUUUUUAAUUUUGUAUUCACAGAAAUAUAUUUUGUUUGUAUAACUUUUUGAUAUAAAAUGUGCUGGUAUGAUGGGUUUGUUACAAAUGUAUUUAAAUUCUUAUGUAUUUAUUUAUUUUUAAAACUUUCUUCAAUUUUUUAAAAAAUGGUGUACUUUUUUGUGAUAUAUUUUUAUGAGCGUUAACAAUGUAGUAAGCAUUUAAGAAUCUUCCUUUAUUCAGACUAACAGGAAAUAGGUAAACUUGUCUGUGAUAAUUACACAACUAACUCAUUGAAUACCAUCAAUUGUGUUAAAUGUUUUGAACUAUUAUCAAAUAAAUAUUAUUAAUAUAUAUAAUA